CCCAUUUGGAGAUGGCGAAGCUGUGAAAGAAUCCGCAUUCAACCACAGGCAGUCACGAUUUCAGUUUUUAUUAUUUUUUGUUCAUUCUCAUUCUUCAAUGCCGUUGUCAUUCCUGGGAGUAGAAAGGACAGUUGCAACCAGCGAGGCAAAGAAUAAUUUAUUGAGAACAGUACUGGACAGCAAACACCAUUCGUAUAAUACAGACAUACACACGAAACGCAGAAAACAUGGCGACAAUUCUUGAAAAGAUUCUCAUGGGAAAAGAGCCAUCGCCUUUUAUCCUCGUCAAAGAUACUUUAGAACAAUCCGGGCAACUCCUUGGAUUACAGUUGCUUAGCAAGACACCUAAAGAUCAUGUCAUUAUCUUGGUCUGUGCAGAGGAUGCUCCCGAUCGACUUUUGACAUUGGUUAAAGGAGAGCAUCAAAAGGUUAUCAUCGAUUGUUAUUCCAAUCCUCUUGGAUGGACAUCUGAAUUUGCACCCAGUUUGACAGAGUAUAAAUCAUUCAGUAAUGUCUCUAGUGUUGUCUCUUGCGACCUACGAAAUAUUCGGAAAGUGAGCAAGGCGAUCACCGAAAUUAUUUCCAACCGAUGCUCAAAUUUUACGAUAUAUUUUGACUCUUUAAGCCAGCUUUUGAUUACCUCCGUACCGAACACGUUCAAUUUGAUCCGAUCAACUACAGGAUUGCUAGCAGAUAAUUCAAGGAUAAUCGCAGUACAUCACGAAGAUGUUCCAGAUGCAGAUAGUUUCUCACCCGAUGCUUCAAAGCCAUUUGCCUCGAAUAGCCUUGCUCAUAUUGCCACAACACUAAUUACCGUCAAGAAUACAGAGGCCAUUCGGCUAGAACAGGAAGAUUUGCGUAAGGGGAUCGUAGCAGCCAAAGAAUUUUGCUACCUGACAGUCCAUGGUAAUGUCUGGAAUUCCGCUGUAUGCGAAAUCGAGCACAAGAGGAAAUCUGGAAAAGUAACGCGAGAGACGAAUGCUUAUCAUCUGGAAUCACCUACUGGAGAUUUGAUUGUGAUGAACGUUUGGGAUCUUGUAGGUGAAAUGCCUGAUAUUGAAAGACUGGAUCUAGAAGAGUCACAAACUGUGGAUCCUGCAGCCAAUCUAUCAUUCAAUCUUAACCUUACGGAGGAACAAAGAAAGGCAAAGAACGACACCGUAUUGCCGUAUUUGAAAACCCAAGAAUCGACUGGAGCAAUUUAUUACGAACCAGAUGCCGCUGAUGAUUUUGACGACGAUGACCCAGACGAUGACUUGACUAUUUAACGGCACUAUGGUCUCUACAUAGGACAACAUUUAC